AUGUAUCUUGAUACACCUUCAAUCACCAAAGUUCCUACGACUGCAGACGCACUUUCGGCUGAAACGGACUUGUCCGUAGCCUUGACACCUUCAAGUGCUCAUAGCAUAACGUCGCUGGACCAUUCUAAACUAUGUGCCAAGUCACGGAUUUGUAUCACCGAAGUAAAUGUAGGUGUUGUCGUUGACACGAAUGAAGACGACGCAGCACUCAUGGUCGUGGCUAUCGCUGCACUGCCGUCGGGCGGAUCGCGUAUCGCUUUCCACAGUGGCGACAACGUCAUUGUUCGAGAGCUGGAUGCCAAUGACAAGUUGGUGAGCAGCAGCGCUGCAAUCAAGGUGCCACUUCACGACUUCGCUGACCUCCACGCUGACAAGAACGGCUUUGUGAUUCUUGGUACAAGAGACGCCGAGGGUGGAGGCACUCUAAAUUGCGGUAACCCCAAAAACCUCUGUGGCACGGCACCAAACCCGCCGGUGCCGUGCUAUGACAUGUACAUGGUUCGCUACGACGGCGCAAAAGAGAAGUGGGCGACAAAGCUGACGUCAUCCAGCGCGUCGCUACCUCCCUACUCCUUGUCCAAGACGGGUAAGGACGUGUACAUGAUCUGGUGGUAUGCUCAUCACGGCCGUAUCGCCUUUGACGGUACCAACUGGGCUGCAUACUUUGGUGCUGCCAUCUCGACGUCCGAGGGUGGCUGCAUUAACAUUCACCAGGGUGACCGCAUGAAGGUGGUAAAUCCGUCGGGCACAAUCACGGCGGACCAGGACUCGUUCGACUGGGGUUGUUCGCACUCCGCUUACGAGCGCAUCACGUAUGAUAACCGCACGAAGAGCUAUGCGACCAUCUGUAAGACGGAUAGCGGCAACCGCAUCAUGCCGCCCAAGGACUGGGACACGACCAUCUAUCCGGUGGACCUGAGUGCCUCGAAUUUAGGUGAUAUCGUGCCGGACUCGAACCCGUCGAGCAACAAGUACUGGGCCACUGUGAGCAAUGGCAACGGUGAUAAAGCCAAGGUGCAUUUGAUCCAAUUUGCGAUGAAUAGUGCGGCCAGCAAGGACAUCACACUGGGAGGCACGGAUGCCAACGAGCGUGCACCACAUUUGGCGUCCAUUGGCAAUGGCGGCAUGCUGGCUGUUUGGGAGGGCAGCUCUUCGGGUGGUGAUCUAGUUGAGGGAGGCCGCCGCACGAUGUAUGCGCAGGUGUUGGAUGCGUCAACGGGCAAGGCUAUCAGCAGCAAGGUGACGGUGGACAAUUCAGUAGUGGGCAACCGCUACCAGGCAUUGAAGACGUACCCGGACGGCAGUGUGGCAUACUUGUCUAAGGGCAAAACAGCCACCUUGUUGCAGGUUGUUCGCUUCUUUGGAUGUUAG